AGCUCACUGCUGUGCUGCACAACAAACCAAGCUCAUCUGACUGUGAGUCCCAGCAGCUCUCAGAUGUUUAAAGGACAGUUUGUCUCUCUGAGCUGUGAGGAGGACGACAGCUCUGCUGGAUGGACGCUGAGGAGGAACACAAAAAGAGAAACCAUGGCUAAGUGUGGAGCUGACUGGGGAAGAUCAGGUGGUUCCUCUUGUAACAUCACUGACAUUGACCCACUGGACAGUGGAGAGUACUGGUGUGAGUCCAGAGAGGGAGCAACCAGUAACGGCAUCAACAUCACUGUCACUGAUGGACCAGUGAUCCUGCAGAGUCCUGUCCUCCCUGUGAUGGAGGGAGAUGAUGUCACUCUGCACUGUAAAACAAAGACCACCAACCUCACAGCUGAUUUCUAUAAAGAUGGCUCCCUCAUCAGGACUGAGCCUGCAGGUCACAUGACCAUCCACCAUGUUUCCAAGUCUGAUGAAGGCCUCUACAAGUGUAACAUCAGCAGUCAUGGAGAGUCUCCACCCAGCUGGAUCACUGUCACAGAUAAACAUACAACCACAGCCCCGCCCCCUGUCUCAGCAGCCCCGCCCCUUGUCUCAGCUCCCUUCCAGCUUGUGUUCAGACUGGUCUGCCACCUAGUGGUGUUCUGUCUGUACUUCAUCUCCACUCUCAUCAUGGUGUCUUUAUAUCGGCACAGGUCCACAGGAAAUUACCUGCCUGUCUCCGUGGUGAUGACCACACUCACCCAGGCUGAACAGGGAUUUGAUGAUGACUGUGAUGAUGUCAUCACAUCUGUCACCACAGAGCAUCACUUCUGAACUGACCAGAUGUGACUGAUGAAACGUUCCAGUCAGAAACCUUUAUGCUCCUUUCUUUCAACAUAUAUUGUCAAUGCUGACAACAUAUUUUAUUUUACAUUCUUUAUUAUUAUUAUUAUCAUUA